CGCCCGGCUCUUCCGGCCGCGCCGCGGCCGCGCCGAUGGCGGUGAAUUACGCGGCCGGGCUGUCCCCGUACUCGGACAAGGGCAAGUGCGGCCUCCCCGAGAUUUUUGACCCUCCGGAGGAGCUGGAGCGGAAGGUGCAGGAGCUGGCAGAGCUGAUCCGGAGCUCCUCCAAUGUGGUUUUUCACACGGGGGCAGGGAUCAGCACGGCCUCAGGGAUCCCUGACUUCAGGGGCCCCAAUGGUGUCUGGACUAUGGAAGAGAAAGGGCUCUCCCCGAAAUUCGACACCACCUUUGAGAACGCCAGGCCCUCCAAGACUCACAUGGCGCUGCUGGGGCUGCAGAGGGUGGGAAUCCUGAAAUUCCUGGUCAGCCAGAACGUGGACGGCCUGCACGUGCGGUCAGGAUUCCCACGGGACAAGUUGGCCGAGCUCCACGGGAACAUGUUUGUGGAAGAGUGCGUGAAAUGCGGGAAGCAGUACGUGCGCGAUGCCGUCGUGGGCAGCAUGGGGCUCAAGCCCACGGGGCGCCUCUGCAGCGUCACCAAGGCCCGGGGGCUGCGGGCCUGCAGAGGGAAGUUACGAGACACUAUUCUGGACUGGGAAGAUUCCCUGCCCGACCGUGACCUGACGCUGGCAGAUGAAGCCUGCAGGAAAGCCGAUCUCUCCGUCACCCUGGGGACCUCUCUGCAGAUCAAACCCAGCGGGAACCUCCCGCUGAUCACCAAGAAGAGAGGAGGGAAGUUGGUCAUUGUCAACCUCCAAGCAACCAAACACGACCGCCAGGCCGACCUGCGCAUCCACGGCUACGUGGAUGAGGUGAUGACCAAGCUGAUGAAGGCCCUGGGGCUGGAGGUGCCCGAGUGGACGGGGCCGGUGGUGGUGGAGAGCUCCGAGCCGGCCAAGGCCGAGCAGGCGCAGGGGCGGCUGAAGGAGGAGCCGCUGGCGCAGCACAACGGCACGGCAGCGAACGGGAACGGGCUCAAGCACGAGCGUCCCAGCCCCGACACGGCGCCGACGCCACUGAAGAAGAUGAAGGUGGAGCCUCUCCUCACCUGACCUGGACUGUCCCUGUCUCGCCUGGGCUGAUUUUUCCUACCGAGGUUUUUUUUAUACCCUUAAAUAUUGUCCCUUUUUUUAUGUCAGUAUUAAACACACUUGAAUUGCGGCUGGCGGAGCAGCUGCACCCACGGGCCUGGGGAGGGCCUUGCACGGGGAAAUUCCUCCCUGUGAGGGUGCUGAGGCCCGGGAAUGGGAUUCCCAGAGAAGCUGGGGCUGCCCCUGGAUUGCUGGAAUGUCCAAGGCCAGGCUGGAUGGGACUUGGAGCAGCCUGGGACAGUGGGAAGUGCCAUGGCAGGGGUGGCACUGGGUGGGUUUGAGUCCCUUCCAACCCAAACCAUUCCAUGACUCUGUAAUUCCACGUCACUUGGUCGUGGAAGGGGACUGGUGCUGGCUGGAUCCCAGCUGGACUCGGGGCUGGGAGCAGUGAGGGUGUCCUGGCCCCAGCUCCAGGCUCCCCUCUCUCCUGAGCUCCUCAUGGCACCUGGGCUUGAGGUCCCCCUGGCCCAGGGCUCCUUGUGGAUCAUAUUCUCUUAAAGUACAGCAGGUGGAUUUUUUUCCAAAAUAUAU